UCUUCCCUGCAGAUCAGCUCCCAGGACACAGAACUGAGCUCUAAUCUCUCUAAGAUCCUGCAUGGUCACUGUUUAAUCAAUAGUAAAUGAAUUAAUUAACCUUGUUCCUGCAACUGAAGGAUAUUAUUUCAGGCUACAGACAAGCUGAUCCUGCCCUAGAACACACGGAUCUGCAGUUAUGUGCUCAUAUUUGACUGCUUCAGGCUAAACAAGACAUUGCUGGCUAAACACAGCUAUCCAGGGCAUGUGACCUGAAAAGCCUGAAAUGCAGCACCCUCUGGGGAAAAAAAUGUUCAUGAAAAGUAAUGUACAAUUCCUCUGCUAAUAAGACCAGUCUGGACUCUACAAACAAUACACUUCAAGUACCAUUACUGUGCCAAAGCACAGACCUGCUCCAGAAAGAAUCUAUAUGAGAACUGAUCACUCUGUAUAUUCAGUGGGGGUUUUUAUUCCAGCUUCUUGAUUUACUCCUGAUAUUGAUUUGCGGAUUUCAAAAUGAUUGAUCUGAGCUUUUUAACGGAAGCUGAGCAGGAGGCUAUAUUAAAAGUACUCAACAGAGAUGCCGAGCUCAAGAAGGCUGAAGACGAGCGCAUUCGACACCUACAAAAUGUACUUGAAGAUGAAAAUGAGCUGAAAUAUAAAACUGGUGAAUGGUUUUAUGAAGCAAAAUCAAGGAGACACAGAGAAAAAAUUCAUGGAGCCGAUCUUGUCCGCGCGUCAAUUAGAAAAAGGAAAAAACCCGCCACUAUAGCAGAACUAAGUCAGAGCAAUAAGGACAAAUCAAGGAAGAGUUGGGUGAACAGUGUCAACAAAGACAUUUUUAUUCCUCCAGAGUUGUGCGGUGUGAUGGAAGAGCCGGAAGAGGAUUUUGAAGACCUAAAGCAAACUAAGGUGCAAUCUAAUCAAAGUUCGAAAAAGGUGAGCUUUUCGCCAGCACAAAAUAAGGAAAAUCUGAACAAUGGAACAGCAUCACCAGCAAAGAUAAGAAGAAAUCCGUUUAACUCUCCCUUGGAAGAGAUUGAAACAGAUGGGAAACACCAGCCACCUGAUAAUGGUCUUCCUAAACGUGACAUUUUAUCAUCAAUAAUUAAAUAUGGUGUGAAAUUGCCUUAUCCAGACACACAAGAAGCUACCCAAGACUCACGGACAACUGCUGAGUCCGAAAAUUCGAUAGUGCAGGUUCCAACGCCAAAGCCAAGAAUCAUGUCAUUAAAAAAAGUUAGCCAGCCACCAUAUGACUCGAGCACUUCUUUAAAAGAGCAUUCCAUUAAUAGCACAGGGAGACCAAAAGGUAUAUUAAAACGCUGGUCAAGUUCAAGCUCAACAGACUCUGAAACUGUGAGGAUAUCUCAGGGAGUUGACUCAAAUAGAAUUAUCUUCCCUGGUUCCCCUAUUCUUGAAUAUGAGACAAAUUUGUCUAAAGAUGGUAUUGAUCAAUCAUUAGAAAUCACAAAUGAACAAUCCAAACAAGUAAGGUUUGCAGCAAAUAUUAUGGAAAAGCCACCUUCUCCUAUUCUGGAGUCCUUCAGCGGCAGAGAAAUCGGAGAAUUUAGAAUAUUAGAACCAGUAAUACACCAAAACGAAUGGGAAGAUCCUGGAAUAGCCUCAUCUGAUGAUUCCACACAGUUGGAACAUUCUUCCUUUCCAAAUUCCGCUGAUUUCAGUGAGGACAGGUCUGAAGAAGUCCAUAGCCAUUCUACAAAUGUACAGAAAACCUCAAAUGUCCAUCCUAAUUUGAACGUGGAAAACGUGAUUGGCACUGCCAGCCCAAAAGGAGGUAGAACGAAUAACACGGAAAGAUUGUUAGAAGGACAAACCAAUGUGAUAAGCUUUACCUCUCAUACCAACAACUCUGAUCUGGAGCCAAUAUAUGCUGUGGUAAAUAAGUCUCAAAAGCAAUCUUCUCCAGACUUUGAAAAAGAAGACACUGAGAUGGAGCCAUUGGUAUUUGGCCAAGAGGGAAAGGAUAAGAACAUUGCAACUGGUGGACAACCACUUGAGUUUGGGAAAAGCUUUGGUGGCAGUGGAAAAAUACAUUUUAAUGCCAUUUAUCAGGAUCAAGAAUUUCAGACAGCAGAAGAUGUCAGUCAGAUAAGGCCUGCAUAUCCAGAAUCUUAUCACACUUUAGGCAAAGACUCUGAAGACAAGCCACCAUCUGAUGGUGAACAGGGCUAUGUUGAUUCUACUGGCUAUGUACCAGAUAACCAAAGUGAUGAAGAGCAAUAUAUUAAUAUGGCAUGGCGGAAACCUCAUAUAUUGGAAAAAAAUAUAUUCAAAAGAAAAUCCUCUGAAAAUAUUACGAAAGAUCAGAGAAUGUUGGCACCGAAACCUAAAGAAUUUCAAAGUGUCAGACAGAAUUCUAAUGUGGAACAGAGCAUAUUUGUAAACCAUGGUCAAGAUGGUCUUAAGGGUACCAUAGAAUAUUCACCAAGAGAGAGAAAAAUACAGAGUCCAUAUAAUUCUCUAGACAUAAAAAGUGUGCAUCAAGCCGAAGAGAAUAAGCCAGUUGACUUAAGUACUGCCUUGUUCUCACGCAAUGUUGCAAGGCCUAACUUAUCUAGUGAUGGCAGAGACAAUGUAAGUACAGCCUAUUUAAAGAAAGAAGAAUCACCAUCAUCAUAUAACUUUAAGAUCAUGUCUUUAAAAGAUCGCAUUAAUUCAGGUCCUAGUGAACAGAUUUUUAACCCAUCACAGUUUCAUAAUUUAAAAAGCUUCUGGAAUGUGGAAGAAAAAAAGAAGCCUGAAGAAGAAUCUACAAUUGAAAUUGUUACAGGUGUCCACAAAAAAUUACGUUCUGGGAAAUCUGGUAUUCAGCAAAGAAAUUCUACAGAGAAUGAUUCAGAUCCCCUAAAGCUAUCUAGCAGUUUUGAUAGUCUGUCUGAGGAAGAACAAACUUCUCAGAAAGUAGCUUCUUGGUUAGCACAGACCCCUUCAGCUCAUGAUGAACAACAAACAUAUGCAACAGAAGAACAAUUAUAUCCAGAAGAAGAAAUUGAUGAAAAUGUAACAAAAUCCAUAGCAACUCAAAAAUCAAAUGUGGGGGAAUUUAGUCGUGCUUUAGAAAAACUCAGAGAAGAAGCAUUACUGGUACCUAAUGUCACAGAACCAAAAAUAGUAGAUAUUAAUCAAGAUAUCAAGAUUUUGCCACAAGAGCACCCAGAUGUGCAUAAUGUUAAAUCUGUAAAAAUAAGGAACUCUGAAACUAGUGCUCUUGCAAAUAUGAAUACUGUUGAACAGGCAGAUAAUAAGGUUAAAUCAAGUGAUAGAUUUUUUGAACGUGUUAUGAAUAUUUCUCAUGGUCGUUCUUUAAAUGAAACACCCAGUACAUUUACUGAACCUGAUGACCAACCAAGAAACAGUAUCCAAGUUUUGGAUUGGAAAGAUCAAGCAAAAUAUGAUGUUCCAACAGUGCAAUUCAGGCAUGAUGAUAAUGCUGAUAUUGUUAACUCAGAACAAGAAUAUGCAUGUGAACAACCUAUAGAAAAAGAAUGUGCUCCAACAAAUAAUGCUAACAUUGCAUUUAAAUUUGGCAUUGAUAAACUUAUGAAAGAAUAUGAAUCUACUGAACCUAUUGACCAACCAAGAAGCAGUAUCCAAGUUUUGGACUGGAAAGAUCAAGCAAAAUUUGAUGUUCCAACAGUGCACAUCAGGCAUGAUGCUAAUGUUGAUAUGGUUAACUCAGAACAAGAAUAUGCAUGUGAAGAACCUAUAGAAAAAGAAUGUGCUCCAACAAAUAAUGCUAACAUUGCAUUUAAAUUUGGCAUUGAUAAACUUAUGAAAGAAUAUGAAUCUGUUAAAAUGGAAGACAACUCAAUGUACAAAACCUCUCCUGAGGAGCAACCUAAAGAAUACCAAACAAAAGAGUCUAACUCACAUGAAAACAACAUGAUUGAGGAGGAAGUCAUAGAGAAGACUGUUGUUCCUGCAAAAAAAGAGCUUUGUGAGUUUAUAACUGCAUUGAGUAAAUUAGAAAUUGAAGCUUCUCAACCAACUCACAUCCCAGAAGAUAGCACUAGCAUAGAGCAAGGUCUUCCUUUUGAAAACACAAGAAAAGAACCAAACUUUUUGGUAGAACCGUCCAUCAUAAGGGAUAACGAUAGCAAGAGUUAUCAAAUGAUAUCUCAUAAAGACAAAACAGAGCUUAAUGUUAGAGCUUUAAUAAAAAGUGCUAGUAAUUCAAGCCUUGAGAUAGAGACACCAGAUGGAGAGUAUAAGCUAAUAAAAAGAAAAUCAUCAAAUGAAGAUGGAAUAGGUUUUGUAGACACAAAGGCUAUUUCCCCAGUACAAGAAGCCAUAGAAAAAUCUGUUGGUGAAACAAGAGAGGAAAAAUACAGUUUAAUACAGUUGCAGGAAGAAAUCCUUCCAAAUUACAACAAAUCUCUUACAACUGAGGAUGCAGAAGAGCUAGAAGAUCAAGAAAAAGAUGGCAACGUUAAUGUUUAUAACAUUCCGUAUAGUAGGAUGCACAUUUUCAAAAAGAUUUACUCUGAUAUUGAUGAACAACCAUCUAAUCAUAAUGAAAGUCAAGUUGAAGAACAAAUCAAAACCGAGGAAACACAAAGAAAUAAGGUUCCUUUUGAACAAUCACCAGAAGCAAAGGCAUCGAUUAUUCCAUUAAAAGAUGCUCACAAGUUCUCAGCUGCUCGCUUUAAAAGCCCUCCCAAAAUUGCUGCCUAUCAUCAGUCUGGCUCUUAUACAGCAAAUACAGGAAAUGUAUUAUAUAAGCAGCCAGAAACUGAUGUUCCUGAACUUCCCAAACCUGACUUCGUAGAAAUUAAUCAAGGUUCUGAAGAAUUUAACCCUGUGCUGAAUGCAUUGCAAAGGAUUACAGUUAAACCAAUUUAUGUGAGAGGUGUGCAGGAAAUGUCCCCAGCAAAUUCAAAUCAAGAAAGAACAAAAGAAGAUGUAGAUCUUAGUGACCAAGAGGUUCCCACAGAGGAUUCACAAGUGAGGAGCCAAUUUUCAAAUCCUGAAAAACUCAAGAGGCUAAGCCAGUCUGUUCCUGCAUUUCUUGAAGAGACUGAUGGCAGAGAGACAGAUUCAGCAUCAGAAAGCAGUUUUCAGAUUGGCAGACACAGGAAGAGCCCAAGCUCUCUAACCAAUCUUAGCAGUUCCUCUGGCAUGGCAUCGUUGUCUUCUGUGAGCGGCAGUGUGAUGAGUGUGUAUAGUGGAGAUUUUGGUAAUGUUGACGUAAAAGGAAAUAUACAGUUUGCCAUUGAUUAUGUGGAGCAGUUGCGGGAAUUUCACAUUUUUGUUGCCCAGUGCAAAGACUUGGCAGUAGCAGAUCUAAGGAAACUGCGUUCUGACCCGUACGUUAAAAGUUAUUUACUCCCAGACAAAGCAAAAAUGGGUAAAAGAAAAACGGCUGUUCGCAAAAAGACUGUGAAUCCCAGCUACAAUGAAAUAUUACGGUAUAAAAUUGAAAAGCAAAAUCUUCUUAAUCAAACGCUUAACCUCUCUGUCUGGCAUAAUGAUGCUCUUGGCCGGAAUAGUUUCCUAGGUGAAGUUGAUUUAAAUUUGGCGACAUGGGAUUGGAGCAACAAACAAAUGAACUGGUAUCCACUUCAGCCAAGAACACCUGCAUCUGGUAUUGGAUUAGAGAACAGAGGAGAGAUGAAAUUGGCUCUGAAGUAUAUCCCAGAGGUGUCACCAGGCACAAAGGUCCCUGUUACUGGUGAAGUGCACAUCUGGAUCAAGGAAUGUUAUCAGCUACCAAUGCUUAGAGGAAACAAAAUCAACUCUUUUGUUAAAUGUACAAUACUUCCUGACACAAGCAGGAAAAGUCGCCAGAAAACACGGACUGUGGACAGAACACCAAAUCCAGUUUUCAAUCAUACAAUGGUUUAUGAUGGCUUCAGAUACGAUGAUUUGGGAGAGGCUUGCGUGGAGCUUACUGUUUGGGACCACAACCGAUUGUCCAACCACUUUUUGGGAGGCUUACGACUGGGCCUUGGCACAGGUAAGAGUUAUGGUACAGCUGUAGACUGGAUGGAUUCCAGCAUUGAGGAAUCGACAAUGUGGGAAAGUAUGAUCAAGGCACCGGAUACGUGGAUUGAAGGCCUGGUGCCGCUUAGAAUGCUUCGUAUGGCAAAACUAACUAAAUAAAAGCAGAAGAGUGUUGUAUGUUCAAGCAUGUGUGUUUGAAGGUGCACAUGCUUUCUUAUUAUAUGUAUAGCUAUUGUAUAAAGUACUCUUCACCUCCAACUCAAAUCCAAACCUGUAAAGUACAGCCCUAGAUUCGAAAUUUAGAAAUGACUUUGUGUCAACAAAAUAAGAUGUCCGCCUUUUUUUGUGAUGAUAUGAUAACAAAAUGUGUUCAGUAGCAGUGAACUGUUUUCAUAAACACAAAUUUAGAUAUUUUUUUACGCAGUCAUACUUAAGGCAGCAGAGAUACUUUUUUUUGGUUUCACAUAUGUUGCUUUAUGAACAUUUGUUCUUGUCUCACGUAUAUUGGUAUUUAGACUCUGGCAUUUUAACACAAAUCUGUAUCAAACCUCUCUUGCGGUCUGUGGUUUUACUGCAAAAAGUAAAAAUGAAUCUUUAUUAUUAAAUGUAAUAUUAUUAAAUGUUUUUUUUUUAUUUUACAAAGAGUAUAGCAUGACAGAGGUUUUGCUUUUGAUGGGUUAAUGAAAGCUAAGAAAUCUACAAACUUAUCUAGUAUUUACAUUAAGUACUAUUUGGUGUAUUUUUGUUAAAAUAAAUCUGAACAUAUUAUGUACUUUCAUCACAGGUUCUGUAUAAAGAUAAAUAUUAAAUAUAAGAAAGUACAUUUUAGAAUAAAUAUGUAAAUAUGUGGUAAUUAAAUAAAAAUAAUUUACAUUAACAAAAAA